AAAAUCAAUAACUGGGUUAACUAGGUUUCCUCAAAAUACCUUAUGGCUAUGUGUGAAUAUCCAUUGAUUGUCCCUGUAUUCCGUGCAAUUAGUUGAUUGUUUUUUGAUGCAAAUUUGUCAAAAACGGUUUCCAACCGGCUCCUCUAAUAUAGCGACAAGAAAUGGGAAUAGAUGGUGAAAGGGCUGCUCUUGUGAGCAACAGGGGGCUUUACACUGAGGAAGGCGGGAACCGAGGGGAGGGAAUUGACGAUGACGAAGAAGGGAUCAACGGAGAAGACACUCCGCAGCAAGCCCCGCCACAGCCGCACAACAUAUUAGGCCAAUUCCACGAAGAUGCCCUGACCCAGGUCGGGGUCGGAUCGUACCAGUGGUUAUUAUGCGCCACUGCUGGUUUCUGCUUCAUGGCAGAUGGUGUCCAGGUUUUUAUAACUCCUUACCUAGAAACGAGCAUUCAAGCAGAAAUGUGUCUUGAAGAUGAACAGAAACCUUGGAUAAGUGGUAUAAGCAUGAUUGGUCUUCUUCUUGGUGCUCUUGCUUGCCCUCUUGCUGAUCAUAUAGGAAGAAGAAGCUUAUUACUUUUUGCACUGACAAUCCAUCUCAUUUUCAAUAUUGCAGCAGCUUUCACUCCAACUUUUGGUGUGUUUAUGACCACCAGGUUUGGGAGCUCAUUUGGGCUAGGAAUAUGUUACCCAGUCGCUUGUAUCUACUUUGCCGAAUUUCUUCCGCAAACAGCUCGUGGUAGGAUAUCGUUUCUUUUGCUGUUUUGGGCGCUUGGCGGGGCUUAUGUUGUACUAUUUGCAAGUGCUCUUCUUCCGACGACAGGUGAAGAAAUAAUGUAUGAAGUCAAAGAGCAUCAAAGUGCCUGGCACAGAGUUUUGCUACUGAGCUGCUUACCAACCGUUUUUGCCUUGGCAUCUUUGUGCUGUGUUUCUGAGUCAGUACGAUACCUCUUGCAUGCAGGGAAAGACGUUAAUGCCAUAAUGAUGUACCAGCAAAUGUACAAAUGGAAUGCAACAAGAAGCGCACAGUACCAAUUGACGGAACUUGAACUGCCAAGCAAGGUCCCAACACCUAAGCCUCCUCCGGCGAAAACAGUCUGGGCUCAGAUUUCUUAUAACAUCAACCAGUUUUUCGAUUCAAUCAAAGAACUUGGACUACGCCAAAACUGUAUUGCCAUCGUACUACUUUCUCUUGUCUGGGCCUCGUUGGGAUUCAGCUAUUAUGGAUUAAGUAUUUGGGUUCCGACACGGAUACAAGAGCUUGCUGAUGAAGAAUACAAUUCCAAAGUGCAAAUAGAAGAAGGGACUGAAGAAGUCGGACACUUGUACGUCUCAAACAUGGAAAACAUCCGUUUUGAAAAUGUGUCGUUUCAUUUAAGCACUUUUGCACACUUAACACUCUCACACAUCACAUUUCAGAGUUGCAACAUAACAGAAGUUUCAUUUACAAACAUACUUUCGAGUAAGACAUAUUUCAGGGAGUCGUUUAUAAUGGGUUCAAGCUUUAUAGACACAGACUUCACGCCUGACAGGUUUGUGAAUUGCACAUUGAUAAACAACACGGUAAUGAACGUUGAGGCUCAAUGCAGAACAGAUCUUGACUUUAAAUUAAGGCAAUCAGACCUUAUAACAGAGAACAUAGUUAAACUUCUUUGUCCUUUUGCCGUAUUUCUUUUUUCAUCUGCUUGCUUCUAUAAUCUAAAAAGGUCAACAGUUGGAGUUGUUGGAAUGCUGCUUUGCAGCAUUGGUUCUUUGGCCUGCUGGCUCUUCACUGAUACAACGUCUCUACUAAUUUUUGAUUUUGUCUGGUCCCUUGUAUUUUUGUUUGCCUUCAAUGCAGUUAAUAUUAUAACUGUGGAAGCUUUCCCGGUUCAUUUGAGGGCGACUGGAUUUGGACUUUGCUUUGCCUGGUUCAGGGGAAUGGGUCUUUGCUCAAUGUUCCAUAAUUUCAUGGUUGUACCUGGUUCUGUGCUGUCACUCCUGGUCGGUGGUGUUGCGCUUUUCCGCAUGCCAGACACAUCACACAACUUGAUGUAAACUUUGAAUCUGGUAUUUGUUCAGUUGGUUUGCUUGGGUUUCAAUUGUGGAUGAAAAUUCACUGAGCCUAUGUCGAUAAGUAAAGAACCAAAUUAAUCAUAACGAAACAAUCCCAAGACUGAUAGGAGAAAAUUCUAAAUAAAAACCUAAAAUCUUAAAUUUGGAAAAAAAGUCAGAUAAAAGCAGGAAUUAUAAAGUAGAAUACGAAUCGAAUUCCCAAACAAGGAAGUAAAACUUUUAACUGAAAUUACUUAUGCAUGCGAUUGAAUUAUUGAACUUCUAGUUUCAAUCUGAAAAAAAAGCUAGUCUUUACUAUUAAUAAAAAAUAAAAUGAAAAUAAUAAUAACCACACUUUUUAAUAAAUAUUGACAAAAAAAACCCAACUCAUGGUUUUUUGAAAGAUAGGAAAUUUUUUUUUGCCUUAAAUUAUGGGAGAGUGUUUGUAAGUGAGAGAUUAAA